AUGGCCCUUGACAGAUAUCUAAACACAAAGAGGGGCACACAACAACAACAACAACAACUACAAGGAGAAUCAAUAAUAUCAGUGAUCAAAGGUAGUAAACUACUAGAUGAUGGCUCUCUCAUUGAAAUGCUAAAGUACCGAGCCACUCAAUGGUUCAUCGAGGCAUUCGACAGUGUAUCGACAUCAUACCCACUCAAUGAUAUACUACUGAGCAAGGCUGCUCAUUAUCACAAUGUACAAGUAUUCCAACAUCUUGGUAAACAUACAAGUAUGACUUUGCCAGAGUCCAAGGACGACCUGGUCGUCGACAUACUUAAAUGUUUGAGUGACACCAUGCUCGAGUCCUACUUGGCUAUGACAGCACACCACCCUCUACCUGGAUAUGCAGGUAGCCACCUCGCCCCUGUCCUUGGCAGCGGCAACAUACCUCUGAUCCGUCUCCUACUCAGACAUGUAGAUAGGAGCAACUUGAACCACUCCUCGCUGCCAGACCUUGAUCGAGGGCUCAAUGUGGACAUUAUCAAGGUGUUUCUCGAGGAGCUUGGACCUAAGACCCUCAAGCUGGAUGGCUUCAAAAUGCUGGGCAAUAUCUUGAUCAACUCAAUUAAGUUCAACAUGAUCGAAUCUGCUCAAUACUUGAUUGAUCACCACCCAAUACAAGAUACAAGUGUAUGGUGGCAGAAGAAUGUUGGACUCUUGGAACACUGUGCCGUGUAUGGCAAUGUGGACAUCUUCAAGAUGCUGUGUGACUCAAAGGGUGGCUUCACCUAUCUCUACCAAGCUCAACUAGAUUGGUUGAUAUUCGUUGGAGAGGCCAAUGGAAGGACUAAGUUCAUCAGCUACAUACGAUCAUUGAUGGCGGCUGCAACUGAUGGAGACACCCAAAACAAGCCGAUGGAACAGCCUAAUACAUCAAUAGCCAACUCGUCUGCAUCGAAGGAAUUGGUACCACUACCACGACUUCGUGUCACCCUCAUGGACAAACUGGCCGCCAUCAACAAAGCAAUAGUCAAUGAUGAGGUGAGCCGUGUCACAUAUCUCAUUGAGCAAUAUGAUGUUGCUAUUGGUCUCCUCCCGGAAACUUGUGGCGUCAUGUCGUUGGACAUGAUCCAACUGAUCACAGCUCAAUGGAAGCCACUACUGAUGGUCGAGACCUACACCCUUGUCAACAUGAUCAACGCAAUGGGUGCCUUAAACAAUCACAUCACUGUAGAUCUGGUCUCCCAACUGAUCAGCAACUGCUGCUUCACCAAACCAAGUUACAUGGAUGAUGCAUUGGAGGCGGCGGCACGUGUCUCGAGUCGAUUGAUGAGACGCAUCUCUGACUCAUUCUUUACGCGGUACACAUCAAGAUGUCUAGUCAAAGCGAUGGAAGCACUCUGUAUCGAUACAAUGGCAUACAUUUUCACCAUGCUAAAUCAGGAUCUCCUCGAAUUCCCAGAUGAAUCCAAGGACAACGACGUUGUCUACAAGGCUGUACUCAAGCUCAUAUCCACUGGACCAUUGGACACGAUUGCCCUAACACUUCACAACAUGCCAUCAUUGAUGAAGCAUCCUGCUAAACUAUGCUUGGCAGCAGUUACAAACACAUUGGAUGUGUUUGAGUAUUUGUUGGACAAGUGUACACCAACAUUGAAUCAUGGUCAUCUUCAAGAGAUACUCCACGAAGCAUUGAUCAAAGACCGACAACAUGUAAUGGAUAUAUUAUAUGAGCGUCACAGCGACAAGAAUGGAACAAUCCUACAACUCAAUCCCAAUGUGUAUACAUUGAAGAUGGCUGCCUACUGCAAUGCCCAUCAUUCAUUACAAUAUCAUUUUGGUACACCAAUAUUCUAUCAAAUGUCCAAGGAAUACCGACUUGGAGUUAUUCACACGGUGAUGGAUGUUGCAUAUGCCAAUGGACACACCUCCAUCAUCAGACAUUGUUCGUCACUCGUACAAUCAAUCAAAGUUCAGAAUAAGAAGAGAAAACAUCCAGAUCCAGACAAUGAAGAGCCCUCAGUUGCGCUCCCCACAGCACCAACUGAUGCGCCCAUGGACACAGCAUUCCAUAAAGUGUUCAGGGAUAAACGUCUGUGCAGGAUCAUCACAGGUUUGGUUGGAUCGAUACAUGAUACACUUGGCAUACCUACAAAUGUACGCAUAAAGGGAUUUGAACUAUACUCCAAAGAUUCAUUGAUCACCUAUCUCAACUAUGGCAUCACUGAAUCAUUCAUCAAGUCGUUCUCCUCGGUUGCCAACUAUCCUCUCAACAACUUGUUGUUGUUUGAGUCUAUUUGUGUGUGUGAUACACGCUCGCUGGCCCUCCUCCAAUCAUACCCACAAAUGACCCUGGACUUCCCAUCGUGGAGAGACAAUGAUCGAGACAGUCUACAACUUCUCAAAUACUUGUUCUCACAUCUGUCCUCAUGCACCAAGCCAGGUUGGUUGCAAAUGCUCGAGGAAUAUCUGGAGUACACAUGUGUCCCAUCGGGAUAUGCCAUAUCCAAUGCUCUAUUUGCCACGAUCCAACAUCCUGUAUUCCUUCGAGAGCUCCUCCGUCUAGGUUUCAAGUUCGAGCUCCAAGACUCAUUGCCACGGUCACAUAUAGCCUCGUGGAUUGCCAAACCAUACGCUACUGAUAUGAUCACAAUACUUGUGGAGAACUACGCUUUGACUAAUGACCAGAGGUACCAACUACUUGAAUCGGCAUUGGAAAACAAUGCACAACUGUCCACUGUCCUUCAAAUAAUAAGUGGUCCAAACUUCAAUCUGUUGUCAACACAACAUAGACCGAGGAGUGGGACGGAUCGUCGAUUCACCACUCCAUUGCUUUGGUGUUGCAAUCAUCGAGGAGGCAGUGGUAUGGAGUCAUUGGAGGCAAUAAUAUCCCUCACACCACCACAGGACAUCCGAGUAGUUGAAGCAUCAUUGUCUGCCGCAUCAUUAGGACUCACUGCUCAAUAUGUCAGGCUGUGUGAGAUCAACGCCAAAGGUAGACAACGUUUCAAUCCAUUGGAACACCUCCCCAAGGCAUUGGAGAAUGGUCAUCUGGAUAUUGUCAAUCAUAUUCUUCCCUAUGAACAGACUUUGGAGUACCACAGGGCCAUCGUGAUCAAUGACAUUCAUCACUCGAUACUCUCAGUCGAGUUGUUGAGUCGACUGCUCUCAUUCCCACAGUUGAGGAUACAGUGCGGCCUUGCCAAAGUGAUGGGCAGUGCCAUUAUAUCUGGGAACAAAGCCGUCAUUGAUAUUCUGGAGCAAGCUGGGAGCAGCAUCAAAGUGGACUACAACCAUGCUUUGAGUGUGGCCGCCAUUGUUGGAGACAUUGAUACGGCCAAGAUGAUACUGUACAAGCAUCCCGAUAAAUGUUCAAUGUUAAAGAUGGAUAGCCAUACUUUGCAAUGGUCAAAGGUGUAUCCGGAAGUUGGACAAUUACUUUGUGAUGCCAAUAUCCUAAUCUCUUCCAAUGACACCUUCGAUAUUAUACGAUCAUUUGGCGAGGCUGGCAGCAGGAUGACAGAAUCCCUGGCGAUCAACCUGGUCAAUAGAGGAUUGGCAAACAAUCAUUUUGAUAGGGGGUCCUUUGCCCUUCUUCUGAAGAUGGCUGCAUCCAAAUCAUUGGUGCUCCUCAAGAGGUUGCUCUUUCAUCUGGUGGCCAGCCAAGACUUCUUCCCAGGCAUUUACCUUGACACCGCAGCCUUAAGGAUGGCUGUGACUGCCUGUGCCAGCCGUGGUUGCACUGAAGGAAUGGAGCGUCUAAUCCAGCUGGCGAUUGAACAAGAUCCUUCAACUCGUGUCGCCGACAUCCUGCCUGCGCCUGGUAUGAUUGAGGAUGUCGUAGUCCUCACCUACCUCUUGGACAAGGAACACAUCAACAUGGAAGAGGAAGAUGGAGCAUCGUACGCACGGCUAACAGUGGACAAAGCAUGUGUCAAUGGAGAUGUUGGCAUUGUCAGACUGAUACUCCAGCGGUGCACCUCGAAGGAGCGUCUGCAAAAGUAUUUGCCAACAAUAGUCAGCAUUGGCAAAGCAUCUUAUCAGAAUCGACACCAAAUGAUCCAAUAUCUCUUUGUUGAUGAGGUUGUCGAGGCUGAUGGAUGCGCCAGCCGCUGGCCAGCGCCGUUCAACUAUGUUGGAAUGGAACCAAUACACCUGGUUCGCAUGCUCAAGGAGGUUAGACACGAGGCUUGUGAACGUGGUCACAUGAAGAUCAUCAGACUUUGCGAUGACAUGAUCAAGAAGCAAUGCAAACUCGAUUCAUCAAUCGUGAUGACCAAGGCAAGUAAAAGUUGA